AUUAUUAAACCAGACGUGGCUAACUGGGAGCUCUCAGUAAAGCUGCAUGAUGAAGUUCAUACUGUUGUAGCAUCAAACAGUGGGUCAACAUUCUCUGUGGAAGUUGAUGGAUUGAAACUAAAUGUGACCAGUACGUGGAACCUGGCUUCGUCCUUAUUGUCUGUCAACGUUGAUGGCACUCAGAGGACUGUACAGUGUCUUUCUCGAGAAGCAGGUGGAAACAUGAGCAUUCAGUUUCUUGGUACAGUGUACAAAGUACAUAUCUUAACCAAACUUGCCGCAGAAUUGAACAAAUUUAUGUUGGAAAAAGUGGCUGAGGACACAAGCAGCAUUCUGCGUUCCCCGAUGCCUGGAGUGGUGGGGGCCGUCUCUGUCAAGCCAGGAGACGUGGUAGCAGAAGGUCAGGAAAUUUGUGUGAUUGAAGCCAUGAAAAUGCAGAACAGUAUGACAGCUGGGAAAACCGGCAAGGUGAAAUCCAUGCAUUGUAAAGCCGGAGACACAGUUGGAGAAGGCGAUCUGCUCGUGGAACUGGAAUGAAGUAUUUAUAGCCUUUCAGUCAUCACCCAAUUUAAUUAGCCAUUUGUAUUAUUCUUUCACAUUCAACUUAUCCAAGCGUGUUAUAGGAACACUCCUGUGCAGCAGGUUUUACAUCAUCAUAUAUAUUCCACAUAAGAAUCAAAACCAAGAUUCUGCCAAAAAAUCACCAAUGGAAACUUUUAUUGAUAUAAAUACUUGUACAUAUGAUUUGUACUUCUGCUGUGAGAAUUCCUAGUGUCAAAAUUAAAUCAAUAAAAUCCAGCAUUUGUCUAAA